UAUAUUUAAAUUAAAUAAAUUAAUAAAUAUAAAUAAUGUCGAGAGACGCUCGUACAAACACAUUCGCUAAGACAGUGUAUAAUUGCUCGCUGAUAACUCGUAGAUACUCGGUAUAUACUGAUUCGCUCGCGAUCGCGUCUGUUUAUUUAUACCGGUCGGCAGACAGUCGGAAAAUUCAAAUUCGUCUUUGUUGCACGUAACGGUGACAUUGUUUUAUCUGGAGAUCAUUUAUUAUCACAUCAUGUAAGUCCUAACGAUAUUGAUACUCCGAGGCAAAACAACAACACGAUUUGAUUUUUCCUCUAGCUCGUGUGCCGCUACAAGGAUAACCAUUUUAAACGAUGAAAAUUUUGUCGACUACCGGUGAUCAUUAUCGAUGAGAGAAAUUUUAUUUCGAUUACGAACAGCUACUCGGUAACAAAGACAGAAUUCGCGCCAUGGAGAAUAGUUACUCAGAAGCAAGCAAAAUUUCGCGCAUAUACAUUGAUUCUUGGUAAACAAAAUUAAAUGCCCGUCAUCGGUAAUGGUCCUUUGAGAUUUAUCGAUAACCGAGUUUAAAUGAAAAAUUCAUUUUCGCUCGAUCAGUCUGUUCACAGCACGUCCAGACAGUACCCGUGUUACUUUGUAUCUCUGAAAGAUAGCAAAUGUCACACCCAUCGAGCCAUUAAAUACCCGGAAAGUUAUGGAAAAGCGAGAAACGAGGUACAUGGAAAUAUGUUCUUGAAUCGCCGCGAACCAUUUCAUCCCCUCGUGCUCCACGAUCGCAUCCCGCGUCAGAUACACCUUACCCGUGACACCGAGUCGUCGAAGAAGCCGGGGGCGGGAGGGCAACGACAACGAGUCGAAGCUGAUGGAGUUUCCUCGCGGCCACACGGGCCUCCGCCGAUCCUCCGCUUCGAACAGACUUCGCGAUUACGGGGGAAAACGCACGACGAGUUGACUUUCGCGCUUCCGGCGGCGGAGCUUACCCUCCGCCAAGGGGUUGCGACCCUCCGUGUUCGUACAACCACCGUGAGCUUCGUACGGUACGCCCCGCCUGUCGACCAAUCGUCUGCGAUCCUUGGCUACCCCCGAUCGCGCGAUUUCUCGAUUGGCCGUGUACCGACGCGAACCCGAUCAAAGGCGACGCGUCCUGGCCAGCUCACCCACAUCCGGCCACCCCUGUAGCCGCGAACAGAGGCCAGGAACCGCGAGCCAUAGAUCACGCGUAUACGUCGCGCAUCUGCGGCGCCGUUAGUCAUCGGCGACGAGGAACCCGUCCGGUUCGAUUUCACGCGCGUUUCGUCGGCUCCGGUCGCUUCGACUUCGCUCCGAUCUCGCUCUUCGGUUUUGCGCUUCGAGCUGCGACCAAAACGCUCAUCGGCUUCGCGAGUACGGAGAACCGUUGACAAGCAACGUGGACGAGCAAGAGGUUCGAGUGAUUAUUAUUUGGCACGGUGGUUGGUAAACUGGUUCUCGUUGAUUACCGGUUUCAUAGGUAUGAUCGGUUCGAAGAUCGAGCAAUUGAUUAUUUUGGCCCGUUGCUUGGGAGCUUUGGUACGAGUUUACCGUGUGGUUUGGAAAAAAGUGUAGAAAUUUCCGGCCGUAUCGUAGUUUUCCAAUCGAGUGAAAGAAAGAGUUUUGGCGAUACGCAUUUAUCCUUUAAUCGUCAUUUUAUAUGCAUACGAUUUUCUGUUCCGUUCGCAUUCCUCUUUCGUUAAAUGUUCGCGUUUUCGUUGGAUAUCUCGAGCGAGGAAUGAUCGUUGUAUUAGCAAUCUUAUUUGUUUCCCUUAGCUUUAGUUCUUAACGUAGAACCGGAGUGACAGAUUGAUCGAACGUCAUCGACGUUUCUCUUCCUUUUUCAAAAUUGAAUCGCUAAAAGUGCGCGAUACGUGUUACUAAAUAUUUAUGGUAAAAUCGAGGAUCGAAUAGCGCAGAAAUACUUCGUUUAAACGGUAAAUCAAGAAACUGUACCGUUUCCACGAAAUAUGUACGUAUCUUGUUUACUUUUGGAACAAGAUGGCUACCGUCACUCGUUUCGGAAUCUUAAGAGACGAUGAAACGUUAUCGAAGAUUCGACUGUAAAUUUCCACGACGUAUUUAAGCCAGAUCUGUACCGUCGAUCAACUUUUAAGAUCGGAGGAAAUCCGCGAUUCGCCAGUAAAAAUCAGACGGAUUAUCUCGCAGGUAAGGAAUCACUAUUGAUCGUAUUUUCCAAAAUGUUGCGUAGAGUGCGAAAUUUUCUAGUGGACAAAUAAGUAACUGUCGAUAAAAAUACGAAUUUGUCGAUAAAAAUAUUAAGAAUGUGACAAUAUUAAAAUAUUCACUAUUCUACGAUGUUCGAAUUACGUUGCCAAAUUCUUUCGAUCCGGUGUCACUGUUAUUACUGCGAACAGCAGCUACUUGGAAACUCAGUAUGGUUUGCAUGAUCCAAUGGGACAACCGAGAUUCGUGAAACAAUUUCGACGACCGAGGGUUUAACUUGGAUCAAACGACUUGAGUUUUCUUGAGAAGUUCAAAGAAUUAGUUUAUUGGACGUCGUGUCAAAGAAAUUGCAACUGGCCAGAAUCGCGAAGAAAAUAGUAAAGGUCGCUUUUUACGAUAAAAAGUAUCGCCGACAUUUUCGUUACAAGCUCGGAUAAAAAAAGUCGUAAAAAAAUGACUCUUACUACUUUCUUCGAGAUUCCGAACAAUUCCAAUUUCUUGUCAAAUUUUGUUACACUUCGUCGAGUAAACUAAUGCCUUUGUCUUCUCUGAAGGCUCCAACUCGUUUGCUUCAAUUGUGAAAAGUUACUCUGUUGUAAAUGGCGUCCGAAUAUUAACUGUAUUAACAAUAAAAUAAAAUCAAUGUUUCCUUCAGAACAGCGAUACGUAGUAACAGCGCUUGAAAGUCAUUCAACGAGAAUAUACUAAAUUUGCAUUUUGUCAAUGAAUAUUUUACGACCACGAUCCACCCAUCAAUUUUCGCCUCUCCUUUUCGUUCUUUCGUACAAAUUUUACUUGUUUAUUAAUUAUCCUAGAAUUCGUUGAUCGUCCUUUAUGCUGUUUUAUAACGUAAGAGAAUUUCAAUAACUUCAAUUCUUUACCAAAAGAGUAUGCUCUUACUGAGAGACUACCACAUAACGUACGCUUAACAUUCCCUUCCAUUUAGUUUCUCAUGGAAAAUUCGGCUUCUUACCGCUUACACCUAACUUUAUAGUUAGUUAUUUAUAGUUAACUAAUAAUCAUACCAUAGUUUACUAAAUAUUCCCUCCAUUUUCCCUUUUCUCCUAAUGUCUACGUUAUAUCUACGCCCUCCGCAUCGAUUACUUCCUCGUAGCCCUUUGGAGGCGACGAUAAAACGACCGAAACUCUAGAGAAUUCGCGAAUUUCUCGUCGGGAGUUCACAGAGCGAUUAGCCGUGGCAUGUGCCGCUGUCCGACAGUUCGUCGAUUACCCUGCGUAAACGCACCUGUAAACCCGGUUUUCCGUCGCUGAGCCGUGUAAUUGCCCGUCCACGGCUCGCCUCUGUCGCCUAUAAUAGCUGCUGUUGCGCCAGGUCCACGCAUAUGCUAAAAACGCUUUCGCAAAUGUGAAACCCCGUGUGGCGCCGGGAGCACGAUGUUUUUUUGACCGGCGAUAUCUCGUAGUAAGCGACGCACCCUCGAAAACCAUCGUGUCCAUUCAGCAAAAAUUCGACCCUUUCGGACAACAAAAGUCACGUCAGGGGUGGCAUAGGCUAACGACACUGUUUACGCGGAACUCCUUAAAAAUUGACGACAACCUCGACAGGGUGGAAGAAAAAUGUUUCGCUACACCGACGAACUUACCGUUUCAGGAAAGCAUGGAGGACAGUAGCCGGGGUGAGAGUUUGUGCAAAGUUUGCGGCGACAAAGCAUCCGGCAAGCAUUACGGAGUACCGAGUUGCGACGGAUGCCGUGGCUUCUUUAAGCGGUCGAUCCGCAGGUAUGCGAGAAACCUGGAUUACGUCUGUAAGGAGAACGGUCGCUGUAUCGUGGACGUUUCUCGUCGUAAUCAGUGCCAGGCAUGUCGGUUUACCAAGUGCCUUCAGGUCAACAUGAAACGAGAUGCGGUGCAGCACGAAAGAGCUCCACGAAAUACCUCGUCCCUGGUCGCAGCCGCGAGAAGAGGUCCGUCGGUAUUAUAUCCUGGAAUCCCACACGUUUACCACGCAGCGAGCAACCCUUACCAUCCCCUUUUGUAUCCUGCGCUAUUUCCCUUCAAGCCGACAAUGUCGGCUUUUACACCAUCGGUCGCACAUUUUUUGCCACGUUCACCGACAGAGCCGUUAACAGUGAACACAGCUAAAGAGGACGAGGUGACGAGUUCCGAGGAGGCUGGACCGAUCGAAACGAGAAUCGAACCAAAGGAGGAACUCGCAAGCGCUCGACUAGCACCGUCUGUUACGAACUCUGGAGCAACGGAUUAUAUAUCUAGCUUCUCUAUUUUACCCACGGAGAACAUCUACGAAUUUGCGGCGAAAUUACUCUUCUUUGCUGUCAGAUGGGCGAGAAGCAUCCAUUCGUUCUUACAACUGCCCUACAGGGACCAAACUAUUCUACUGGAAGAAUCUUGGAGCGAGCUUUUCGUGUUGACCGCCGCGCAGUGGAACUUUCCAGUCGAAGAAUCCACUUUGGUACCGAACGAUUUAUCAUCCGAAAGAAAAGAGACGCUCGUCGACGAAGUAAGGAAGCUGCGAGAGUUAUUGGCAAAAUGUGCUCUCCUCAGGGUCGAUCAUUCGGAAUACGCCUGCUUGAAGGCCAUAGUUCUCUUCAAAGGAGAAUCGCGAGGACUAUGUGAACCAGGGCGGAUAACAGCGUUACAAGAACAAACGGUAGCUGUAUUCUGUGAGAGGGAUGCACGGAGGGUUGGACGACUUUUGCUGCUGUUGCCGCCCGCACGCGCGCUUUGUCGAUCUAUCUUGCAAGAAUUGUUGUUCAAGCCGACGGUAGGGGAUGUCAGCGUGGAACGAUUAUUGGGCGACAUGGUCAGUGCUCUCAGGCCGACAUAACGCCAAUUCGACUCGGUCGGUACGAUGCUCUUGGGGCAAGCCACCAAUUUAUAUCAACAAUUGCUUCAAAGACAAUUGCAACAUUUUUGGAGGAACGAUCGUUUCCAAUGAUCGUGAGAUUUCGGCGUUUUAUCGUUCGCUAUUUCUUUUCAAAUCACGAGGAGACGAGAAGUAAUAGUACCGAUGCAUCGAACGUUUUCACGUCGAUAAAAAAGGUUUUUCAUAGAAAUCGAAAGUCGACGGAAUAAUUCGAGAAGUAUUAAGCGUUUACGUAAAAUCUAGUCAAUUCUUUCCUAUGCGUAUUGUAAAUUACAAUGUGACACUAUUAAGUCUAAUUGCGACCUGUACAUAUACGUAUUAGAAGUAAGUGUUCCAUAAUAUAUUAGCGAAGUGAAACGUUGCUCUUUUAUUACAAAAUUGUAUUUUUUCUUUUCUCCUUCUUUUUUCUUUUAUUCAUCUUUAUCGAUAAAUUAAAAAUAUCUCGUUCGUUAAUUUCCCGAACCAUUUUCGACAUAUACAGGUAGAUUCGUGAACAUGUCGAAGAUUGCGGGAAGACGUGGGACAGGCGGAGUUCAUUCACGAACGAAGAAAAUGUGUGAAAUCGAAAGACAUUGACAGAUUGUAGGCGACGCGAUUGUUCGGUUUAUUUCAGCAAAACCCUCAGAAUUUUUGAAACGUUUAUUUCCACAUCACAACAAUAAAAUUCGUUUACAGAGUGUAUGGGCAUUCGCGACGUUAAAUAAAAGUUACUCUUAUGGAUGAUCAUCGGGAAGAUUGGCAUCAAAGAAAAAAAAGAGACACUAACGCACACCGUAAUUUUUUUUUUUUUUUUAUUAACUAGAAUAAUUUAUUUUUUUUUUUCAUUGUAGAAAAAGGAGAAUGUAUCUUAACUCAUGGACUGCAUUGUACUCAUAUAUAUAUAUACAUAUAUAUACAAUUACAUACAAUCCUCAAUUAAAUGUUACACAUAAAUUCAUUAUAGAUUGAUUUCUCAUUACUUUUUCGUCCUUGUGUGGCUUGCGUGUGUGUUCGUGUAUGUAAAAAAUAUUCAACCCGAAAGCGACAACUGUCGCUUCUUUCCCAUUUUCUUUUCCUGUUGUUUCAUUGCCCGGAAUACGUACGACGAUAAAAAAAAAAUUUCCCUCGGUUAUCUUCUUAGAUGUAGCUUGUAGAGUGGAAAAAAGUAGCUCCGAGUGCUAUGAAUUCGUUCGUUCUUUUUUUUUCAGUUCUUUUGCCUUUUUUUAUCCGUGGACUAAGACAAGGACGGAGAGAUAGCGAAAUUGGAAGGUACGGGAUGGACAGACAAGGGAAGACGAAAACAAGAAGUACAAGGUGGAAGGUAACGUUGAAGGUAACGGUAACGAUGGAAGAUCUCGUACAAAUCGAUCGAAGAACGAUGUCGACGAACGAAUAAAAAUGGGAAAAAGUUUCGGAUGUGCGGAAAUAGAAAUGGAAAAAAAUGAUCGGUGAUUAGGAACUUCUUUGUUUUCCCUUUCUCUUUUUUCCUUUUCUUUCUCUGGAUAUUAUUCCGAGAUCGAUAGAAAUCGUGCAAGAUGCAAAGGUACGAAAGAGAAUUUCGAAAAAGUACGAUCGCGGUGUUUCCGUUCUUUUCUUUCUGCGAAUUCGAGAUACGAGCUCGGAUAUUAAAAAAAAAAAAAAAAAAAAAAGGGAAAAUUUUACACUGGCUACUCUUCGCUCUUUUUUUUCCACCUCCUUUCUUUUUCUUUUCUGACCGUCGCGUGAAACACGUUUGAACUAUUUUUCCUGAACUCGGAGGGCAUAUCAUCCCCCCCUCCUAACACGUUCCUUAGUUUUUCUUCGGCUUUUGUUUGCGGCAUCUAAAAACGCGUAAUAUUAUGCGCGUUUACGAUGAAACUGGGGGACAAAAAAAAAAAAAAAGAAAGAAAAAACGAAUGAAGAAAGUCCUUUUGCCUGCGUUGAAAAAUCUAUCUAUUUUAUGAAGUGUGUCCAGCUUUUCGUUUUCCUUUUCUUUUUUUUUUUUUCUAUAGUUUACUCGUUUUAGGAAUAACUGAUAAUAUUUAUUAGUAAUACCGUUCUCCUUUCCUCUCUUGCGUAACGCGCUUACAUUCAAAUAGACUUUUAUUUUCAGAGUUACACACAGUUAAUAAAAUUUCGCGAUUAAGCAAAUCGGUCUCGCUGCGUUUGUCGUUCGUUUGCGUGUGGGUGUGUUCUUUUUUCCCUCAAUUCACCAUUACUACUCCCUUUUUCUCUCAUCUAUAAUAUUACUUUAUUUAUCUUUAUUUUUAAUUACGUUUUAUCAUCUUUAUUUGUGAGGAAUUGUUCUCGUCGAGCGUAUCGCUCGCUGAUGAUCACGGUGCAUCUUCGCUCACGCGCGCGCUUCAACAUCGAUUUCUCUCGCUCUUCGUUCUCCGUAAUUUUCUUAAUUAAUAAUAGAAUAAGAAUAAUAACAAUACGAAUAAUAAUGGUAAUAGUAGUAGUAGUAGUAGUAGUAGUAUCGUAGUAGUAGUAGUAAGUAGUAGUAUCGUAGUAGUAGUAGUAGUAGUAGUAGUAGUAGUAAUGUAGUAGUAGUAAUAAUGAUAAUAAUUAAAAAGCGAUAAAUUUUGUGGAGAUACGAAGGGAAGGAAGCAUACACGAAUUUUCCCUUUUUUUUUUUCUUCCGCGAAAAGCAAACACACGAAAAGUGAUUUCUCUCGUUCUCUUGCGAACUUUCGAAUUUCGAUGGCACGAACAAAACGGCAGCUUUGUCCGCGCGUUUAGCCAAAAGAAAGAAAAGCGACGUUAGCUGGCGCAUGAGCGUUACAAAAUGAAAAAGACGCGCGUACAUCGGCGUCUCGCCCGAUUUUUCCUGUAUCUUUUCAACCAGUAGCGCGAAUCGAAUUCACAUAAUAUGCCCAUUAUUAAUGUCGUUUCGUUUAAUUUUCAUUACCUUUUCAAAAUCCAUUUUCGUUUCUUUAUCUUCUUCUUUUUUCUUUUUUUUUUUUUUUCAUCUUUCCAUUCGUUUGUUCUCCCGUGUUCGCGAUAUCGUCUGCGUUUAUAUUAUACCCACGAUGACAAAAAUCGUCGAUUCGUAAUUACAUUUACUUUUUCUUUUUUAUCUUCAUCGUUCUCUUUAAAAAAAAAAAAAAAGAAAAAAAAAGAAAAGAGACAAAAAAACAACACAACGGCAUUUCUACUAUUCCCAUUCUAUUUUAACGCUAAUAUGUAGGACAAAAAACUAACAGAUUUCGGUAUAAUAACAAAUCAUCGUCCACCGAGCCCGAGACGAGUCCGCGAGUCGCCGAGCAACCGAUCGAUCCAUAAUACCCGUUUUCUUCUCUUUUUCUCUCUAUCUCCCUCUCUCUCUCUCUCUCUCGCUCUUUUGUCUGCAAACUUUCGCGCGCCUAAAAUCCACCUUCUCAGCGAUUCUCUCUCUCUCUCCCCCUCUCUCUCUACCCUGUGUCUUGUUCUCGGCGGUUCUCUGGACGCUCUCGGGCAAUUCGGCGCGACGAAAUAUAACAGGUUGUUUGCUCUGACGACCGUAGAGUGCCUCGUUUCUCGUCCAUCUCUUCCGCUUCGACGAUGGACACAACAGAGAAAAAAAAAAAGAAGUUAGAAAUCUGUCGAAGCCUACGCCUCCCUAUCGACGUUCCGACUCUCGUUGUUUUCUCUUCCUCUACGCCCGUAAUCGAUAAUCACGCAUUUACAAUAAUCCUGUCUUUACAGUUCUAUAUUAUAGAAUUAUUAAUAUCUUUACUUCGCAGAAGUCGUAUUACGAGAACCCCCGCUGGCUACCGGAUACGGGACGACACUUUUUUAUUGCUGUCGAGAUGGUUUUUCGAAGGUUGGCAGUGACGCGUGCUAGUUAACGAUUCCGUCAACUAUUCCAACGGAUACAGUUUCCAUGCCCGAUACUUUCGUUACGUCUCGUUCGUUUGAACGAAUAAAGACGAGCAUCGAACGAUCGAACGAUAGGAUCCGUUUUGUUCGGCUCGCGCAUCCGAUCGGCAGGUUCUCGAGGCACGAUGUAUCAGGAUAUAUUUCUUAACUGUGUACGAUUAUUUCGGUUUUCUACGGUUUGUUGAUAAAAAACGGCGAAGGGCGGAGGGGGCGACGGCGUAAGAAGAGAAACAGGCAACGUUCAACGAGACUCGGGCAUCUUCGUAUCGAUACGAGGCAAAUCGUGGUUCGAACGCGUGGAGGGGAUCGUACGAGAAACGAGAAACUCUAGCUACUUCACACUAUGUACAUUCAGAAAGGAGAGCCUCCGGCGAGCAGCAACGAGCGAGAAUCGCGAAAAAAUAAAAAUGGAGGUCUCGCGCGUUGUUUCGACGAAGAGGCCCUCCGCCUCGACAGAGCUCGCGAAUACAAUAAUUCUAUUUCAUAAUUGUUUUAUCAUCGCUAUUUCACGUUCAACUAUUUCCUAUUGUAGAAAGGGGGAGGGGGUCUGUGGAUAGGGUUGGGGACAUUUCUCUUGCUGGAUUAUUCCUUACUGCUUGCGAUCGUUCUCUCUCUCUCUCUCUCUCUUUCUUUCUCUCUCUCUCUCUCUCUCUCUCUCUCGCGCGCGCACGACUUACUUCUCCUUUUCUUUUUAUUAUUAUUAUUAUUAACCAUCGAGUAUAUGUAUAAUAUUAUAUAUCUAUAUAUAUCUCUCCUAUCUGCGCUGUUGCUUUCGAACUCGUCCACGUCCCAUGCGAAACGAGCGAAGGAAACGAAACAGAUCGAACAAAGACCGUAGAACUUGGGAUUCGUCCGAUCGAAUCGAUCGACGAGGAUUUUUUUAUAUAUAUAUGUAGAGCGACUGUACAUGUUUACGAUGCUAUCUGUUUGCGAGACGUAAGAAUCGAAAUAUCCACGGUUGAAAUUCUCCGAAUAUAGAUCAGUGACUACAACGCGGUAACGUUGUAACUGCGGUCUCCUCGUUCGCGUCGAUUACGAUCGUGCAAAAUCUCCAUGCGCGUAUCAAACGUCAACGACACGAUGCAACAGUUAUAUAUCGUCGUGCGGAUCAUCGUUUUACACGCAUGAUUAUCGGAAGAAAGAAAUCUCUAACUGGGUUUUCCCUAUGCGUGUGUGUACAUCACAAUGGUGUUGUAAAGAUGGCGCAACAAAAAAAAAAAAAAAAAAAAAAAAAAAAGAAAGACACAAAAGAUAAAAGAAA